AUGCUGCUCCAGUUAGCAGUAUUUUUGACCGCAGUUACGGUAAUUCAUGCAGCCAUUCCUACACUGGUCAAGCCUCAUGUAUUACCAUUGGAGCGAAAAACUACAUCAGCAGAAGAGAAGUGGCGAUCAGAAGCCAUAGAAAAGCUAUGGGACGAAAGGAAAAAAAUGGGUCAUACUCCUUUGGUGAAGUUUCAGCCAAAAGGCUUCCCGAACGUUGAUAUUUACUUCAAAAAUGAAACAGCCUCGAAAACACAGACGCUCAAGCAUCGGUUCGCUUGGGCUCUGAUAGCUUGGGCCAUUAUUGAAGGAAAGGUACACAGUAAUUCCACGGUGUAUGAUUCAACGUCAGGAAAUACUGGUGCUAGUGAGGCGUAUAUGUGUACUUUAGUUGGACUGCCGUACAUCGCUGUUGUUGCCAAGGAUCUCGAAAAGGAAAAAAUUCAUCAAAUUACCAGUAACGGCGGUAAAAUAAUGAAGGUGGACGUUUCCUUGAGAAAUUUCCAUGCAGAAGAUCAGGCCAAGAAGAACGACGGUUUUUUCAUCAACCAGUUUGGUAAUGCGCAAGAAGCUGAAGAGUUUCACGAAAGUGGUGGCAAUCCUCAUGAAAGCACGAAUAUGUUCCAUGAGAUCCUGUUGCAAUUGGAAGAAGACAACGAUCAAAAAAAGAAAAUUCCAGAUUAUUUUGUUCACAAUUCUGGCACAGGAGGAACGAUUACAUCAGUUGGGCGAUACGUGAAAAGGUACAAUAUACCGACGACCAUCGCUCUUUCCGAUUCCGAAUAUUCACUCUUCUAUGACUACGUGAUUUCGAACAAAUUCACUAAUGAAUCGGGAACAAAGUACUGGAAACCUCCUGGAGUUGCUGGAAUCGGCUACGGGUACAAUGUGAAGCCGAUCAUCUAUGGAGAGACCACCAGUCUGAAUCCAAACGUCGUUGACGAGGCGAUGAAAAUGCCGGACAUUGCUUCUGCAGCAGCGAUGCACGUACUCAGGGAGCGAGGGAUCGGUGGUGGAGCGUCGACAGCUCUCAACUUCCUCGUUUCACUUCACAAAGCUUACCAGUUGAAGAAGAGCAAAGACAUUAAAGGUCGUCUUCUGAUCGUGACUGUCAUGUGUGAUCCCGGAGAGUUCUACAACAGCAGCUAUUUCAAUUCAACAUGGAUUGAUAAGCUGUUCGCAGAUAGAGGAGGCAUGAUGGGACUCAGAUGUUGGAAGAAGGUUAGUCGAAAGAUCUUUUUGGCAGGAUUUACCAGCUCAGUGGGACUGGCCCAGAUCAGUGCCUAUCACUUAUGA